ACAAAGUCGUCCGAGUGGCUGUCUCCCGUACGUAUAUAUUUAUAUCACGAUCACGAUCACGGACUCACGGUUAGUCUUAGUACCGUAUUGGAAUUGAAAUGUGUUUGACUUUUUGAACUAGUUCCAAAUGUAUUCGAUGGCAAUUUUCUCGACAAUUAAAGAUUGAAACUAGUUUUGAAGAUUAACAAGUUUGAUAGCACAUUCACAAUGAGUGAGGAAAUACCGAAUCAAGGCUCGAGAUUUGCCGAGCAAAGAAUGCAAUUGAUGCAAGAGAUGCGGUGCCAGAACUUUGACAUGAUUCGAUUUGCUUCUUAUAGAACUGCUUGUAAACUGAGAUUCGUUCAGAAAAAGACAAAUCUGAACUCUAUAGACAUUUGGAAUGUGAUCGAAGCAUUUCGCGAGAAUGGGCUGAAUACACUGGAGCCUCAAACUGAGGUUAAUGUUUCUAGGUUGGAAACUCUUGUUUCUAGUCUGUACCAGAACCUCAACAAGCGACUGCCACUCGCCCAGCAAGUGCAUGUCGAGAGUCACUCUAGUCUCCUUCUCAACUGGUUGCUUUCCAUUUACACAUUAGAAACGAUGGGAAGGAUAAGGGUAUUCUCUAUAAAGGUGGCAUUGGCCACUAUGUGUGCCGGAAAACUGAUGGACAAGCUCAGAUAUAUGUUCUCACAACUGUGCGAUGGGAAUGGACAUAUGAUAGCAUGGAAGUUCUCUGAAUAUUUGAGAGAAGUCUUAUGUUUACCAGCAGCUGUUUAUGAAUCGCCAUCAUUCAGUUACAGUGAUCAACUUGCUACUGAUAUUUUCUCGGGGAAUGGGCGUGUUACUGUUAAUGAUUUCAUGGAUGUUAUGAUGUCCGAUCCGGGACCUCAUUGUCUAGUCUGGCUUCCACUACUCCAUAGGCUCGCAAGUGUUGAAAACGUGACUCACGCAACUGUUUGCGAUGCGUGUCUCAGAGAGAAUUUUCAAGGAUUCAGAUAUCGUUGUCAAAAGUGUCAUAGCUUUCAAAUGUGCCAGGACUGUUUUUGGCGAGGCAGAAUAGCUGGAGGACAUGCUGUAGACCAUGACGUCAAGGAGUACACUAGUUAUAAAUCACCCAGCAAGCAGAUUGGACAUUCGCUGAGAAAAUCAUUCCGGUGCGUUCCGGAAAAAGGAAAAGCUAGUAUACCGAGGUUUCCUGAGGAGCCAGAGAAACCUUUGAACCUCUCGCAUAUUGUACCUCCAUCUCCCCUACCAUCUCAUAAUGGUUUUCCUGAAAGUGUGUACAUGGCGAUGGCGUCCCCCUUCGAUAUGGGCUCCAUUGACAGUCGUUCAACUGCUAGGAGUCCUGGUAAAUAUACAAUGGGUGUGGAAUCUUCAAGGCAUGACGAUGAACAUAAACUGAUUGCCAGAUAUGCAGCUAGAUUAGCAGCCGAAGCUAGAUCAGUUGGUAGAACUCCUUCCGAAAGUUCUUUGAGUCUUGAUACAUCCAGGGCUCAAAGGGAACUUAUUUCACAGCUUGAAGCAAAAAAUCGUGAAAUAAUUAAAGAAAUAGCAAGGCUGAGAAGACAACAGGAAAUGGAAUGCGGUUUUGAAGAGAACCCAGCCUUGAUGUCAGAGUUAAGAGCACUGAGACAAAGAAAGGAUGAGCUGGAGAGUCAUCUAAACUCACUGCAAGACUCGCGUCGUCACCUCAUGGUUCAACUAGAGGGACUCAUGAAGCUGCUAAAGAAUCACCAAACGUCACCGCGUUCCACACCCAACUCGUCUCCUCGGUCAACUAAGUCUCCUCCUCCUUCAUCAAGAUCUGCUCCUCCCACUCCUGGAGCAACUUCUGGGCAUGCUGAAUCCUUGCCACUCUCCAAUGACGUCAGAUCUGCGUUUGGAGGCUCUGGUAACAUACUCGGUUCAUCAACUACAUCUCUUGCAAACGCUGUGAAUGCUGCGGCCAAUAACAAUCCGGCUUCACGGAGCCUGCGAAAUGAUCUUCUAGUGGCUGCUGAUUCUGUAACUAAUGCCAUGUCCACUCUUGUGCGUGAACUCAACUCAGAGAGUUCAGAUCCAGAUGAAUCUCCUGGGGAAUCAGCAAUAAGGAAACCCUUAGAUUUUGAGGGGGAUAAUGAGGAAGAAGAAGAAGAUGAGGAUGGGGAAUGGAGAGAUGAAGUCUCGCCAUAUUAUGAUCGAGACUCGAAAUUUGUUCGAGAUUUCCGCAUGAGGACAGAUUUACAAGACUCAUCUGCUGUGAACCAGCAUGUGUCAGAUCGACCAGAAAACAACCCUGAUAGCGACAAGUCCAGGGUGGGAUCAACAGACCUACCCUCAACAACUCAAGGGAUCGACUCGAGUAAGCGGUGGGCUAACAGAUAGAUAAUCAACAUUCUUUGCGUAGCUCUUCCUCUUUGUUCUUAUCGUUUGUUACCGUUUAGCGUUAUUUGUUAUUGAAUAGCUAGCUAUUUGCACGGCUAUACUCUUAUCAACCUGUGAUUGGCUGAUGCCACAACAGUUAUGGGUUCCAUUCCAGUCCCAUGCAUCAUCCAAGAUCCAGGAAGCAAAAUAUAUCAUUAGAUUAUUCAUGCCAAAGUGAACCAAGUCGAAAUUUCAAAUUUUUCAGUAUUGACUGUUGAAAGUAAAUUCCAUUAAAAUAAUUCUAUAUUUAUUAUUUUCUUAUUUUUAUAAUUUAUAAUCAAUUCCUAUAUAUUUCCUAUAUAUACUUUCCUAUAUAAGUUCUUAAAAAUCAUUUAGAAUCAUCGAUUUAUAUACUUUUUAAAUCACUUCAAAGCAUUUCAAACUAGAUUCAAAUCACUUUUAAAUUACUUUUAAGUGAUUGUACAAUGAUUUACAAUGAUUUAAGUGAGCAAAAUUGUGAUUUAUAAACUACUUGAAAAUCUUUUGAAAUCACUUUCAAAUGAUUAAAUAAGUUCUUAAAAAUCAUUUAGAAUCAUCGAUUUAUGUACUUUUUAAAUCACUUCAAAGCAUUUCAAAGUAGAUUAAAAUCACUUUUAAAUUACUCUUAAAUCACUCUACAAUGAUUUACAAUGCUUUAAGUGAGCAAAAUUAGGAUUAAUAAACUACUUCAAAUCACUUUAGAAAUGAUUGAAUAAGUUCUUCAGAAUCAUUCAAAAUCAUUGACAUAUAAUCUACUUUAUAGAAUAAAUAGAAUAUUCAGCUGGAUGUGAAAAAAUUACAUAACUUCAAAAUUGAUGAAUAAAUCCUUUACUUUAACAUUCACAUCUUAUAUAUCACUAACUAGAAUUAAAUUUUCUCAAAAGUAGUAAAGCGUUGCGACGAAUUGUACUUUAUGGCUGGAGUUCCAAAUUAAAAUUGUCAAGUGUCUCGUCUUCAUUGACUUCAGCAGA